CCAUGCAUCUAAACAAAUUUUUUAGGGUUUUUUCGAAGCCCACCUUGGCAAGCUCUCUUUGCCCCUUGGAAUUCCUUUUGAACCCUUCUUCACACCAUUUUUUUGACCCAAACUAUUUGAAAAUCUUUGUGCAGUUUUACCUUAAGUAGUCUUUUCAUUCAUUAUAAAAUUGAAUUUCCAGCUAAUUUCCUUAUAAUUUCUUUUGAUAACCCAAUUUGCUUAAAUCUUAGCUGUCCAAAAUUCAGAUACUUGCUAUUCUUUUCCUCAUAUCCUUUUUUUCUUUCUUCUGUUCUUUUCCUAUAUUUUGUUUUGUUGUUUUCGGACAUUUCAAGUUCAGGUGAACUCUACAACAAUAGAGGAAGAGUAGAAGAGGCAAUUUGGAUGUCUCAAGAACUUAUCAAGAAAAGGGGAGGAAUUCAUGGAAGGAUGGUCAAUUAUUGAUCAGGGGUCUGUUGUUAAUUGUAUUGAAAAUGGUGCACUGAUUGAUGGAUGUUCGUCUGAGAUUGAUGAUGAUUGUGAUGAUAAAUUACGAUGCUUGUUUGAUCAAGUGCUAAUGGUUUUAUUGAGGGGUGUUUAUGCCAAGAAUGGGAGCCGUCCAAUUCCUGCAUUGUUGGGGGAUGGUACAACUGUGGAUUUGUUUAAGCUGUUUUGUUUAGUGAGAGAUAGAGGUGGUUUUCUUUCUGUUUCAGAGGAUAAAUUGUGGGGCUUGAUUGCUGAAAAGAUUGGGUUAAAUUGUAAUUUGUGUGCAUCUCUCAAGUUGAUCUAUUACAAGUAUUUGGAUGAAUUGGAUCAAUGGUUGAAUAGAAUUACUAGAGAUAGGAAUUUAGAAAAUGGGAUUAAUGAAUGUGGAGGGAGUUUGGGUUUGCUGUCAUUAGAAUUAGAGAAAAGGUUAAGGGGUUUCUCAAUAGAUGAGACAGAUUUUGCAAACGGUGACAAGAUUGGAUAUGACAAAAUUUACAAGCACAUUAAUAGUGUAUCCAGCAAUGAAAAGGGAACUGAAGUGCACGAUGUUGUGGUUAAACUUGCUGUUGAUGAACCAGAUGGGCCAUGUGAAAAAGCUAAGGCUAGUGCCAAUGACAAAGACAGUACUCGCAAGAGGAAACGAGACAUGUUUAGUGAAACACUAAGCUGGUUGACGAAAGUUGCAAAGAACCCUUGUCAUCCAUCCAUAGGAUUUAUACCAAGGUGGAAGGGAAAUUGUUAUAAAGAUUUUAUGCCAAUCGCACUUUCAGUCCGGGAAGCAAGAUUGCAAAAAAGACAUACUGAUUCAAAUGAUCAGCAAUCUCAUUUUCCUCAGAAGAAACAUAAGAUGCAUCCCUCCAUGUAUGAAGACAAUGAUCUUACUAGUCGUCAUUCUGCUGAAGGACUUAGAUGCAGCAAAAGGCUUUUGUCUGUAGGGAAUGCUCUUCGUUGUGAAUGUUGCAACUCAUCCUCAAACGACAAUUGUAAGUUAUGUGAUCCUCCCAACUGUCCGCUGAGGAAUGGCUUACACAAGCCAAAGGAUGCAAGUGCUGACUUUUCAGAGACAAAAGAAAUCGCCGUCUCAACUGUUGAUGAUAUUCCUGUUGAGAAGCUCGUUUUAGUAGGGCCACAAUUUCAAGCUGAGGUACCUAUCUGGACUGAUGCAAUUUCUGAGAGUGAUUCUAAAUGGCUAGGGACUCAAAUUUGGGCUCCUAACUUAAAAGAAGAGGAUUCCUGUUGGGAAGUCAAUCUUCAGAGGAAGAAGAGAGUAGAGUCUUGCAAUUGUCUCCGUUCGGGAUCUGUAGAAUGCUACAGAUUUCACGUAGCAGAAAGCAGGAUGAAAUUGCGGCAUGAGCUGGGUUUGGCUUUCUUUCAGUGGAAAUUCGAUCGCAUGGGUGAGGAGGUUUCUCUUUCUUGGUCUCCAGAAGAAGAAAAAAAAUUUAAGCAAAUCAUCCGAUUGGACAAACACUCCUUGGGAAAAUCGUUUUUUCCUAGGAAGACAAGAAAGGACUUGGUUAGCUACUAUUAUAAUGUCCAUCUCAUUAACCGUAGAAGUUAUCAGAAUCGUGUGACUCCAAAAGAUAUCGACAGUGAUGAUGAUGAAACAGAGUUUGGCUCCGUUAGUGAAGCAUUUGGGUACAAUGCAGUGAAGAUCCCAGGAUCGGAGCCCCUGAAAUGUUUCCAAAAUGAGCAGGUUAUUGAUCUGGACUAGGUCUUGCAAAGUAAAUACCGGGAUCGAGAGCAUAGUGUGGCUUUCCAUUUGAGUUGCAGCCAUUUGCUUUCUCCAUAUUUCAUCUUUUGUGUUGGUGUAAGACCGAGCUACAGUUAAUUUCUUCUCUAGCUAGCGUGGUCAGUUUGUAAAGCUCCACAAUUUUGACUAAUUUCUUUCCUUGUUAUUUUUAGCAAACCUUAGUUGAAGUGGAUGAUUAAGUGAAACCUACUAGAGAUGUCAUUUAGGACUCCAUUGGUACAUAUGCUGUUUCUUUGAACUCCUAGGUCAAUGUACUUCCACAAGGUGCUCAUUUAUUACUGAUUUUGUUCUUAUGAGUUUGCCAAUAUUUUUAUUUUGGUAUGUUUGUUUUACUUAACAAUAUUUUUAUUUUUGAGUAAUAUCUCAACUACUUUCUUUAAUCGUAUCAAUACAAUUUAAUUAUCUGUAUAAUUUAAUU